UUUUGCAUGAAGUAGGAUCCUUGAGCUGUUGCAGAGGCAGCCAACUGCUCCAUAUUUGGCUUCUAUUACCCAUUUACAUGCUGGAGAGCGGAGAGGGAGCGAGCGCUGUACCGCAGACAUCAUUUCUACUACAGUGGUGGAGACAUCCCGGACCUGUGUCACUGCAGGGGGAAGGAAAAAAGCCAAACAAACAAAAAGCAGACCCAAGCCCCGUGAUCAGCUAGGAAGACAUUUGUGUGCGAGUCUCUCUCUGACCCCCCCACCCCCGCCAACCCCACCUCCACUGACACUUUACAUCACAUUGCAGGCCAAGCCAGAUGGGCAAGCAAUACAAGCUGUGAAUUUAUUCUUGACCCCGUAGGACAGUGACCACCAUCAUUUUUUUCUUCACCCUACAGUUAUGCACUGCCAAUAAGUGAAAAGGUCAAGAGAAGCAGUAGUUCAGUGGCUGAAUUUUUCUGAAGUGCUUUACAGCAGGGAAGGUGGGGAAACCUCUUAAAUAAAGUGGUGUCUUAUUCAAUCCUGGAGCACAGGCCAAGGGUUUUAAUGCAAAAUACCAGAAAAAAAAGUCUGCAACAUCUCCUGUGAGUGGGGGAAGAAAAUAAGAUUAACAAUUGCAUCUUGAAACACUCAUAAUUUGAGGCCAUAUGUGUCCUUUGAACUCUGAAGAAGCUGUGCCAAAAGGAAGCCUUCUUCUCCUCCCCUCCUCCCAUCGCGGAGCCGCUCUUAGAUAAUUGCAAUUAGCAGACAAUGCGGAGCGAACCUAAAUGUGAAGUCCAUGGCUCUACCUUACUUUAUUUGAAAGAGGAAAGCCAGUGAGGACCUGUGAACAAUCCAGCAGCUUCUGAAAAACCUUCAUGCUAAAGGAUAAUCCAGAAUUCCCUGAAGAAGAACAAAGUGAAUGUUAAUCCAGAGGAGCUGUCGGAGGAUUGUGCUCACAGGGAGAUGAUUCCUCAUGAAGUCACUGGAUCCCCUGCAGAAAUCAAAUGUGACUUUCCGUUUAUCAGACUGAAAUCAGAGCCAGCCAGACAGUGAAGCAAGCACAGUGGAGGGGGGACGGCGAAAGAUGAAAUCCAACCAAGAGCGGAGCAAUGAAUGCCUGCCACCUAAGAAGCGAGAAAUCCCUGCCACCAGCCUGCCUUCGGAGGUGAAGCCGGUCCUGCCAAACGAAAACCACCGUGCAGAUAACCUGGCAUGGCUCCCCAGCACACCCAGCGGCCAGGGCUGCCUGGGGGGCCGGCACCGGCCCGGGGGCACCUCCUCGGUGGAGGCAGGCUUGCAGCAGGGUUUGCACAAGUCACUGUCUGCAGGGAUGGACUAUUCCCCACCGAGCGCGCCCCGGUCCGUUCCAGCCUCUACCACUCUUCCCACGGUGUACUCGCCCGCCCUCUCCCAGUCAGGGACCCCCGUUUCCCCCGUGCAGUACACUCAUCUGCAGCACACCUUCCAGUUUGUCGGGCCCCAGUACAGUGGAUCGUACACCGGAUUCAUCCCCUCACAGCUGAUUUCCCCAACGGCCAAUUCUGCGACCGGCGCUGUGGCGGCGGCCACCGCCGUUGCAACCACUCCAUCCCAGCGCUCCCAGCUGGAGGCUUAUUCCACUUUGCUGGCCAGCAUGAGCGGCUUAAGCCAGCAGGGGCACAAAGUUGAGCCGCACCUGGUCAGGACGCCUGGACUGAUCGCUGCCGGGUCUCCUCCACCCACCCAGCAGAACCAGUACGUCCACAUUUCCAGCUCUUCCCAGAGCACUGUCAGAAAUGUCUCUCCUCCAACCAUCCCAGUCCCCCUGCACCCACAUCAGACAGUGAUCCCGCACACCCUCACCCUUGGCCCUUCCUCCCAAGUGGUGGUGCAGUACACUGACUCGGGGGGCCACUUUGUCACCAGGGACCCCCCCAAGAAACCCGAGAGCAGCCGGCUGCAGGCGAUGCAGGCCAAGGAGGUACUGAACGGUGAGAUAGAGAAGAGCCGGAGGUACGGCAUUUCGCCUUCUGCCGACAUGGGUCUAGUCAAAGCAGGCAAUAAACCAGCUCCCCAUCACUAUGAGACCAGGCACGUGGUGGUCCACUCGAGCCCCGCCGAGUACGGCGUGCGGGAUUCCUCAGGUGUCCGAGCCUCUGUCAUGGUGGUCCCCAACAGCAGCACGCCCACGGCAGACAUGGAGGUGCAGCAGGCCGCCAACCGUGAGACCUCUCCUUCAGCCCUCAAUGACAAGGGAAGUUUGCACUUAGGAAAACCAACCCACCGGUCCUAUGCCUUGUCUCCGCAGCAGGCUCUGGGCCAUGAGGGGGUGAAGGCGGUGGCGACGCUGUCCCCUCACACCGUCAUCCAGACCACCCACAGCGCCUCCGAGCAACUCCCUGUGGGGCUGCCAGCGACAGCUUUCUACACCGGGACCCAGCCGCCGGUGAUCGGCUACCUGAGCGGCCAGCAGCAAGCCAUCGGCUACCCCGGCAGCCUGCCGCAGCACCUGGUGAUCCCGGGCACCCAGUCCCUGCUGAUUCCGGUCGGCAGCGCGGAUGUCGAGCCAUCGGGAGUCACGCCUGCGAUCGUCACGUCGUCUCCUCAGUUUGCAGCAGUGCCUCACACGUUCGUCACCACCGCCGUCCCCAAGAGCGAGAACUUCAGUGCGGAGCCCCUCACUACCCAGCCUGCCUACCAGGCCACCAUGGUGCAGGCGCAGAUCCACCUGCCCGUGGUGCAAUCCAUUGCCUCCCCUGCCGCCGCGCCCCCCACGCUGCCCCCUUACUUCAUGAAGGGGUCGAUCAUCCAGCUGGCCAACGGGGAGCUGAAGAAAGUAGAGGACUUGAAAACAGAAGACUUCAUACAGAGCGCGGAAAUCAGCAACGACCUGAAAAUAGACUCCAGCACUGUGGAGAGGAUCGAAGACAGCCAUAGCCCGGGCAUCGCCGUCAUACAGUUUGCGGUGGGGGAGCAUCGAGCACAGGUCAGCGUGGAAGUCUUGGUAGAAUACCCUUUUUUUGUAUUUGGACAAGGCUGGUCAUCGUGCUGCCCUGAAAGAACCAACCAGCUCUUUGAUUUGCCAUGCUCCAAACUCUCAGUGGGGGACGUCUGCAUAUCACUCACACUCAAGAACCUGAAGAAUGGCUCUAUUAAAAAGGGCCAGCCCAUGGACUCAGCUAGUAUCUUGCUGAAGCAUUCAAAGAAUGACAGUCUAGCUGGAAGUAGACACAGGUAUGCGGAGCAGGAAAACGGGAUUAAUCAGGGAAGCGCACAGAUGUUAGCUGAGAACGGUGAACUGAAGUUUCCGGACAAAAUAGGAUUGCCUGCAGCACCUUUGCUCACCAAAACAGAACCCAGCAAGCCCCCAGCAACAAGGAAGAGGAGGUGGUCGGCCCCCGAAACACGAAAACUAGAGAAAUCAGAAGAGGAGCCACCUUUGACUCUUCCUAAGCCUUCUUUUAUUCCUCAGGAGGUUAAGAUUUGCAUUGAAGGUCGAUCCAACGUAGGAAAGUAAAAGUUGUUUGGGGAAAGGAAAUUAGGCUAUCCCUUGUCAUUUUUAUCCAGAUUACUGUACUGUAGACUAAAUAACCCAGUAUUUACAUGUUAUCAUCUUAUUUUAGGUUUAUGUUAUAACCUUGUUGUUAUAGUUGCAGCUGGUAUUAUGCAGGAGACUGGUGCAUAUGUUUUUCCACAAGUGUUUGUCAGUGACUAGGUUUAUCGAGAGCUACAGAAGGGGCAGUAUCUGCUUCACACACCCUUAGUGGAAAUGAAUGUGUUGUCAUGGCUCCUGUUUUCUAACACCUCGUGUAGGACAGGGUCCAGCUGUGAUUUUGUUUUCCUUUCGUUGCUUUGUGUUUGUUUUGUUGUUCUGGUUCCUGUUCUAGUUUUUUGGGGGGGAGGUAAGGAGAAGGGAACUGUAGCAGAGGUGUGUGUCAAACAUGGGGUGCAUGUGCGUGUGUGUGGGUGUGGGUGUGGGUGCGUGCCAGCCCCCAGGGCGGGACGGCCGCUCUCUGGUGGGCUGGUGAUGAGGUUUCCUCACCCCAGGUGGAUGCUGAGGACACAACCCUUGGGUGUGUUACUGAAAAGGAUCAGACAGUCUCUGAUGUUUUCAACAACAAGCCAACUCUUACUCAAGGCUCUGCUAUACAUAUAUAUAUAUAUAUAUAUAUAUGUAUGUAUAUAUAUAUAUAUAUAUAUAUAUAUUUGUGUGUGUGUAUAUGUAUAUAUAUAUUUUUCCCCCAUGGGGUCUGACUGCACUGAUUUUUAUUCCUAAAGCAAACUGCCACACCACAUUUCCUUUCUGCUUGCUAGUGCAGUUCCAUUGCCCAGAGGCAGCGACAGCAAGGCUGUGUGGAGCCUCGUGCCGGUGGCCCCACAGGGUUUCCCUUGAGGGCGGGGGGUUGGGGUGGGUGUGUGCGUGUGGCGUGGGUGGGCGUGCGUGGGUGUGCGAGGAGGCCUCUGGCUCUGUGGAUGCGCCUGGCUCAGGCUCGCUCCUGUUUCUGUGCAGUGUUAGACAAAUCGACCGGGUUACGCCAUUGACAUUUGCUUCCAUGAGGUAGAUGCAGACUGCCCCUUUGAGAUCACAGGCAUCCAUCGUUUGCAGUUAGGUUGCAAAUCUUUGUCUUUAACUCUAGUACUGGUUUUAGUUCUUGGUUAUGGACAACCAGUGCCACUUUUUUCAAAUUGCAGUGUGUGACACAGGAAUCCGCUGUUGAAGAUGAACCUAGAAUGUCUUUAAGCACUUAAAAUGCUGUUCACACUUUAUUGCUGAGCAUCCUGGUCUAACACUCAGUACGUACUGUAUAUCACUUUAAUCUGCUCGGAAAGCAACAACAACAAACAAACAAAUCUCUUCAACACUGUAACUACAUGCAACUAUGUAAAGUUUUCUCACAGGCAAGAUGCUGAAAGUUUUAAUGUGGUUUCAAAGGGAUGAAUGUGAAUUAUUGAACUAGUAUGUGACAGUCAUUGUCCACAAAGGACUACUUAAUAGGAGGCACUUUUUAAACUUUAAUGCUUGAGAAAGAGUUAAAGGCAUAUGCGAGCUGACAUAAUAAAAAAAAAAAAAAAAGAGAGAAAGGAAAAAGGAAAAGGAAAAAUCAUUGUCCAGUGUUUUUGAAAAAGAUGGACUUUAAAGAAUCUUGCAAUUUGCACAUCUUGAGUUUAUCAUUUGUGUGGUAUUCCUGCAGUUUUUACCUAAUAAUGUUGUGGGGUGGGGGGGUCUGAAAGAGCAUAAACAAAUGUAGCAAUUACUCACUAACCUGCCUACGCUCUAGGCCAUUUCAUAGGGUUAUGUUCCUUUCAGAGUUCAUUUUUGGUCUUUCUACCUUAUCGGCCACACAGAACCAGGUCCUACUGGGACACCUCUGAGAAUUUUUCUUCAGACUUGCUGAGAGAGUUUUCCAGAAAAAAAAACCAUUUCUAUAAGUAAGCAAAGUGUUUGUUUGUUUUGAAAACAAACCUAUUGUUAUUUUAUUAUUAUUAUUAUUUGUUAUUUGUUAUUUUAAUUGCAUCGUUUUCCAUUGGAAAGGCGACAUUUCAGGAGUUUGGUACAAACCAAGUAGGAGCAGGGGGAUUCACGCCUUCAGUCUUUUCUUUCCCCAGGUAGGGCCGGAUCCUCUGAGGUGCUGUGCACCCAACCUCCUGCACGAGCCUCGGGGAGGUGCGAGCAUGAAGUGUGUCGGGGCUGAGUGCUAAAGCCUGUCGCUGCUUCUUGGAAGAUCCCAGUGGGAUUGCAGUGAGAUCGCACUCGGGCCCUCUUUGAGCAAGCGUUCGUGUCGUCAUUUUUGGUUGGCGAGUUCACAUCCUUCAGGUAGUUUUGAAGAAGCUGUACUCAUAGGGAGAACAGAAAAUCAAAGUCCGUCAUUAGAAACACAGUAACCUAAAGUGAACAAAUUUAUUUAAAGUCUUGUUUUCCCUCUCCCCUGAAAUACAGUGCUUUUCUUUGAGAGAAGAAAUGUUAACCCCAAACCCCAUCUUUGACUCUUGUUACUUGUUACUUGAAAUUUAGCUCACACCAGACCUAAUUGUUUUUAUACCAUAUUCUGGGGUGCACCAAAAAGUUGAAAUAUGUUUAAAAUAGCUUGAAACUUUUUUUGAAUUUCCUUGAAUUUUAUUAACCUCUCGGCGGGCUACCAAAUAGCUGAGUGGGUUUCUUCUCACAAUCACACAGCGUAGUUAGUGCUUAUUUGUUAAUAUUUCUGCUCAGAGAAGUUGCUUAAUCUUCCAUAUACUCUGCUCAGGGCACUUGCAAUUUAUUGUUUCGUUUUGUUUCCUGUUUUUUUUUUAAGCUUUGAUGGUAAAGGAAUAGAAAGAAUUACAGAUUUUAGUUCAUAGUCUUACCACUAUUUCUGUACUUCACGUGUACUUAGAAAAAAAGAAAUCUCAAGUAAAACCAUACACAUACACAUUUGUGGUCAAUAAGGAAGCAGGGGCUAUUAAACUGACUGGAUCUAUUCAACUAACACUAAAAAAAAAAUAAUAAUAAUAAAAAAAUACAUUUGGAGCAAUAGGAAUGUAUUAGUUCUGUGCUUGUAUUUCAGACUGAGGAAUUCUGAAAUAACUGUUUUUUUCCAAACAAUUGUCCCCUUCCAUGCUUUAGCUUUUGUAGGAUGUGCAAUACUUUACGUGCCAACUUAGACUCACCUGUGCGGUGUUAGCUAGAUCUCAUACCCACUUCUGAUUUCCCCUGGUUUUGUCUCUUCUGAAUUCUUUCUUUCUACCUUUCUCCCUGCCCCCCACCCCCCACCAUUAAUAAGUCCCUCCCUGUCCUCCCCCCUCCAAAAACCCACAAAAUAUUAAGGGUAGAAGAUCCCUUGCCCCGGGAAACAUGAACCCUUUUUGUAUUUUUUGUUUAAAGAGAUCCAGGAAGAAAAAAAAAAAAGGCAAAAAAAGAGAUGUGUUCAUGUCUACAUGGCAUCCAGGCAGAGGGUGGCACUUAACCAUAUGGCCAAGUGCCACCUUCCGCCUGGGCACACGCACACAGGAGCUGGCUCCCACUGGGGCCAAGUCCUUUGCAAGGCGGGGCUUUGCCUUUCCCUCUGGCACUGAGCAUCCCUUGUGGUGCAACCCCAGGCCUGGGAGUGCCAUCAAUCCCCAGGGCAGGUGCAAAACACCGCAAGCAUGGGGAUGCUGAGGUGAAGCCAAAGGAGGCUCUGCCUCUGCUCUGCGUGGCGGCCGCU